AGUGAACGCCCCCGCUCCUGAAGUUGUGCGAAAGAGUCUCAAUCAUCAGACGGAAGAGGACAUCUAAGUACGAAUUUUGGAUAGCCACAAGAUAUUUCGUUCCUGGGGCAGGGCCACCAGAGCGCAAUGUCUGACAACAGCAAUAGUGCCAAUGGCAACAACUGGACCAUCAUACCACCAGAGGCACCUGUUGCUGAGAAUGUCGGUCCAGUUCUAGAGGACUCCCGUUGCCAUGGAGACAUGAGCAGCUCUGUGGACCCAGAUCCUCCCCCAGGGGUGCAGAUUGAGUCGGCCCACCCCCCCUUGCAGCAGAUGGGACCAGAACCCUCGUCAGAGGCCCAGGCGCAGCCACUACUCUCGUCAAGAGCAGAAGCGCUACACGGGCAGAGUGGAACCAACCAGCCCGUCGAGCAAGAACCGGUAAGUGAAGGACUGUCCCUGGAUGGCCUUGAUGACCACACUCAGAAUGACGACUCCACCCCCAGUGUGGUUCCUCUGAGCUCAGUCGCAGAGGGCGAUGAGUCCACGGGCCUCGAUGAGCACAGUGUGCACGAUGGCUACGCAGAGGGCCACACCCACUCCAGCACCGAGACGGAUCUCUUCUCUGAUUCGUACACGCAUAUAAGCUCCGCCCCCGAUGCCAUACACACUGUAGAGAAGGAGGAGGAGCUUCAAGAGAAAGAGGAGGGGCUUGACCAGGGGAGAAAAGGCACUGAUGAAGUAAUACUGGACGGAGAGAGGGAGGAGGAGGAGGAGGAGGAGGAGGAGGAGGAAGGGGAGUACCGCCCGCCCCCAGCUAGGGAGGAGGAGGCGGGCCUGUCUCUGAACAAGUGCAUCCUGGGAGCUCUGCUGCUGCUGGGCUUGGGGACCAUCUUCUUCUCUGGUGUGUUUAUGGACCUGGAUGAGGAAUCCCUUGCACAUGCACAGUCUUACCUACCGCCACCCUCCUGCUCCUGUCUCCCUCACCUCGCCACCCUCCUGCUCCUGUCUCCCUCACCGAAGGCAUCCCAGCUGUCCCACGCAGUCAUUUUCUACACAACACAGACGUCUGUGCAGCGCGUAACAGAAGAGAAAAACGCAGCGAUACAUUUUUUUGAAGCAGAUGAUGUGAAGGAGUUGAAAGAUCGAGAUCUCGCUCAGGAAUGGUUGAAGAGCAAAGGACGUCCAGACGCUUAUGCUGGAGUGAAGCACCCCGGACUGGUGGACAAAGAAAAUGAACAGAUCGCAGUACUACAGGCCCAGUUGCAGGCCCAGAAGGAGCAGCUCACGUCUGCCCAGCAGCUGCUGCAGGAGGGGGUCAAGGAGCAGGAGAGGCGGGAGCACCUGGAGGAGGAGAACCUGAAGAUGAAGGGGGAGUUGGAGUCACUGCCUGCCCGACAGAAGGAGCUGGAGCAGGAGAACGAGAGGAUGAGGAAGGAGCAGGAGAGGUCCAGGAGGGAGCUGGACGCUCUCAAGGCCAAGAUGGGAGCAGUGCCCUCUGCUGGUCAACCCACAGAACAGCAGAGCAGCCAAGAUCCACAGCAAAAGGGGGGGGGGGGAGAUGCAAAGGAUAAGAAAAAACCUCUGAAGUUGGAGAAAGAGAAAGUUGAAAAAGAGCAGAAGAAAGAAUGGAAGAAGGAGGAAAAAGAGGGGAAGAAAGGCAAAGGUGCCAAGAAAGAAGGUGGAGAGAGGAAAGAGGGGAAGGAGAAGAAACAACAUGGAACGAAGGAGAAAAGGGGUGCAGAGGAAGGCAAGGAAUGGACAGACAGAGGAGCAAAGGAGUUGAAAGAGGAGAAAGAUUGGAAGAAGAAAGAGAAGAAGCUUUGGGCAGAGGAGGGCAAGGCUGAAAAGAAGGAGAGGAAAGAGUGGAAGGAGGACAAGAAGUGGAAGAAGGACAAAAGCAUGGAUGGACACAGGGAAGUAGAGAGGAAGGAAUGGAGAGAAUUGGAGGAGAAAAGAGAGAAAAGGGGAGGAAAAGAUGGAGAGAAGAAGCACAGAGAGGAAGAUAGAGCAUGGAAGAAGGAUAAGAAAAGGAAAGGUGAUGAAAUGAGCGAUGGAAAAGUGAAGAAAGAAAGAAUGGAAAGACCGAGAGGAAGGAGUGAAGAGUCAGACUGGAGGAAAAGAAGAGAAGACGCCAAGAAAAAGAGCAUGGAAUGGAAAGAGGCUGGACAGAAGAAGUGGAAGGAAGAGAAAGAGCACAACUAUGAAAGAAAAGAAUGGAGAGAGAGGAAGGAGGAGAGGAAACACUCUGGUGGCAAAGCCAAGGAGCGGUCUAAUGAGGAAGAGGAAGAGGAAGUGCGUGGGAAAGGGAAGGAGCAUGGAAGAGCUCACAAGUGGAAAAAGCCCAGAGAUGACCAUCACACCAGAAAUGACCGUCACAAAGAACAGGGCAGAGCCGCAAAACACCACAAAGACGACAAGAAAGACAAUCGCGGCCAGAUCACGGACGACAAGACGUCUUCCCAUCUUCACGAUGACGACGACGAUGAGCACGAUGAUGACGGCGACGCCAGUCAUCUCCGCGGCGACUACUGGAACCAACAGCGACAGAAGCUGCAUCACUCCCGCGGGCCUCCGGCCGAGUGCUCGGACGCUGCCGCCUGCGCCCGCGCCCAGGGCCUCGUCCCCGUCUCCCUGGCCGACUUCGAGGCCCUGCUGCUGGCCUACCUGGACCGCCUGGACGUCGGCGCUGCCUCCUCCUCCGAGGACCAGGCCUCCAGGAGACAGAAGCUCGGCGCACUGGUGAGGGAGUUCUUCGCGGCCGACGGACUCUUCGUCCACGACCGGACACCCUUCGGCGAGUUUGUGGAGGACGUGUCGGACAUUCUGGAGGACAUGGCAGAGGAGGGGGAGAACCAGGAGAUGGAGGAGGAGAUGGAGGGCUUCGAGAAGGAGGCGCUGGAGAGGUUUGCCAUGCAGGAGGAGGGAGGGAAGGGUGGCGCGGACAGAGGAGAGGAGUCCAAGAGAAGGAGUAGCAGAGUAAAGGGCUGAUUGAGAUAUCAACUGCCUACGUUGAUAGAGAUUUUAAGAAUUUCUAGAAAGAAGAGAGGGAAAGAUGUCAUGUCAUGUUGUGCGAGCGAUAUGGUUGGGUUGGGUUGGGUUUUCUGAUUUGAUUCUCAUCAGAGCUCCCUGGUUCGAAAGGGGGAAAAAAAUCUCCACAACUUGUCCUUUGCAAAAACCAUUUGCCUCUCUGAAGUAGAUUCUGCAGGUAUUUCAGUCAUUGUACAGAUCUCCAGAAAACUGCUCUCUCACUGUUGUGUUGUAUUUAAAGUCGCCAGACUUUCUCAAGUAAAGAAUAUCACAUGAAGUGGACUGUUAUUGCACUUACUGUAAUUGAACUCACAAUCACUGAAACUAUAAAUAAGUAUGUAAAUAUGCUAGAAUGGCUUUCCCUGUAUAACUUGUUCCCAUGUGGUGGGGUUGGUCUCCAGUCCUUUCGCACAGUCAAGCACAGCUGCACUCACUGUAAUUGACCAUUUGAUGAGGUACUGAUGCAAGUUAAUUUAUUGAAGUAUGACAAAAACAAUGCUGCAUGGCAGUGUUAAUAUUGUUUCAAGGAUGUAUAAAAAUGCAGAUUAACUGGUCUGUUUGGUGUGACCAUUGAGAAGAACCUUUCCUCUGUGACCUCACAUGGUUUAAUAGUCAGAGGAGGGGGGGAGAGACACAACAAGUCAUAAAAGAUGCAACUUUACUUCAGUAAUUGCCUUAUCGUCUAUGCACCAGGGGUGGCUGUGGGUUUAUUUCACUACUGAGGUUUAAAAAUAAUUAAUGUUUGAGCGCUUUGUUUGCUAUUGCUGUGAUGGGAGUUAUGAGGUUAAACAUCCUGAUAUAUCAAAUGUUGUUACUGGAGCACUCACAAUAUGCUUUAACCUGAAUUCUUACAGAGUACUUACACACAACUCCAAGUGUAGACUCUUCCUAAAGAAUGCCUUUGAAUUAUUUAGAAUGCAAAAAGAUAGCUCACAUAUUUAACCACCCUUAGAAUCGCCAUUUAUUUGAAAAACAACUCAUUUUGUGUUUCUAGGACUGUGGUCUUGUUUACUCCGGUACGGCCUGCACUUUUAUUAUUAUUAUUUUAUUAUUAUU